AGUGCCAAACUUGAUAUGAUUGACUUUUAUUGUUGUUUUUUUUUUUGAGACAGAGUUUCACUUUGUCGCCCUCGGUAGAGCGCCGUGGCGUCACAACUCACAGCAACCUCAAACUCUUGGGCUCGAGCGAUUCUCUUGCCUCAGCCUCCCGAGUAGCUGGGACUACAGGCGCCCGCCACAACGCCCGGCUAUUUUUAGAGACGGGGGUCUCGUUCUUGCUCAGGCUGGUCUCGAAUCUCUGAGCUCAAGCAAUCCACCCGCCUCGGCCUCCCAAGUGCUGGGGUUACAGGCGUGAGCCGCCGCGUCCGUCGAUUGACCUUUUUUUAUUCUCCUGCAUUGUUUUCCUGGGCAGACGGCCGGCUACCGCUGUGACACGUGUAUUAGGGGUGCGCAGUUGUCACUUUUCUACAAGCCUUCUAGUCUAAAAGGAAAACUUGUCUUGGUUCGCUUAUAUGAGAAAUCUCUAAGAGGUGGAAGCAAAUAUUGCACAUGCAUGUUGGUCCUAUGAAAGAAAUCAGCCAGUACAGAGGAAGAGGUUGAAGGAACAGAAGAACAACAAGAUUAACUCACUGGUGGAACAGAGCCUCAAGCUAUCACCCUGGGUAGAAUGCCAUGGCAUCACAGCUCAUAGCAACCUCCAACUCCUGGGCUCAAGCGAUUCUCCUGCCUCCACCUCCCAAGUAACUGGGACUACAGGUGAACCUGAGCCCAGAGCUACAUAUGCAGCUAAUCUUAUCAAAAUGUAUGGAAGGAAAGCAAUCUGAAGGAAAUUCAGAACCACAGGAUUUACCGGCAAUAAGUUACAUUGUUCAUACCAAAAAGAGUGGAGAAGUACCACUUUUUUUUUGCUGGUAAAAUCACAAUGGAGAUUGAAGAACUGCAACCACCAUGGAAGACAGACUUUUACUGGGAAUUGCCAAAAGUGGAACUUCAUGCCCACUUGAAUGGAUCCAUUAGUUCUAAUACCAUGAAGAAAUUAAUAGACAAGAAGCCAGAUCUUAAAAUCCACAAUCAGAUGACUAUGAUUGACAAGGGAAAGAAACGAACUUUAGAAGAAUGUUUCCAGAUGUUUCAAACUAUUCAUCAGCUUACAAGUAGCCCCGAAGAUAUUCUAAUGAUCACAAAAGAUGUCAUUAAAGAAUUUGCAGAUGACGGUGUCAAGUACCUGGAACUAAGAAGCACACCCAGAAGAGAAAAUGCUACUGGAAUGACUAAAAAGAUUUAUGUGGAAUCUAUACUUGAGGGCAUAAAACAGUCUAAACAAGAAAACUUAGACAUUGAUGUUAGGUAUUUAAUGGCAGUUGACAGAGGAGGUGGCCCUUCAGUGGCCAAGGAGACUGUUAAACUUGCUGAAGAAUUUUUCCAAUCUACUGAGGGAAUAGUUCUUGGCCUUGAUCUCAGUGGAGACCCUACUGUAGGACAAGCAAAAGAUUUCUUGGAACCUCUUUUAGAAGCUAAAAAAGCAGGUCUGAAGUUGUCAUUACAUCUUUCAGAGAUUCCAAACCAAAAUAAAGAAACACAAAUUCUCCUGGAUCUGCUUCCUGACAGAAUCGGGCAUGGAACAUUUCUCAACUCCUGUGAUCUGGUGGACUUCGUGAGGCAACAUCAAAUACCACUGGAACUCUGUUUGACUUCAAACAUCAAAAGUCAGACAGUUCCGUCUUACGUCCAGCAUCAUUUUGGAUUCUGGUACAGCAUUGGCCAUCCUUCUGUGAUCUGUACUGAUGAUAAGGGUGUUUUUGCAACACACCUUUCUCAAGAGUACCAGUUGGCAGCUGAAACAUUUAAUUUGACCCAGUCUCAGGUGUGGGAUCUGUCUUACAAGUCCAUCAACUACAUCUUUGCUUCUGACAAUACCAGAUCUGAACUGAGGAAGAAGUGGAACUAUCUGAAGCCCAAAGUGUUACAUUUUUAAGUUGUAAGGAGGUGAACUGCUUUUGAGUAUAUUUUGUAAUCAAGAUGUUCCUGCUAUAUCUCACGUAGUUAUCUGUCCACCACGCCCUUGGAAGUAUAAUAGUCAAGUACCACAGACUCCCAUCACCAGCACCUUACACAUGGCGGGGGUUCAAUAAAUGUGUCUUACUUAGCUUACCUCCAGCCUACUUACUGGAAGGAACUUGAGUGUUGUUGCUGACUAAACUCUCCACUGAAUUAGCAGUCUCUCCCCAUUAGUGAUCAUAAAACUUAAAGGAAAUCAAAGUAGUUUCUCAUCAGGAAACGUUUUGGAAUUAUUAGUCUAAGGUAAAGAAUGAGAGGAAAACAGAUUGCCACCAAGACAUUUAAGCUUUCUAGCCCGUUACACAGCUUUAUAUUUUAUUGUGCUUAGUAUAAUCAGAUUCCCUUCCCUUGGUUUAACUUUUUCUUUCUUUCUUUUUUUUUUUCUGAGGGUAACAAAACCCUCAGUAGCGUGCUGUGGUGUCACAGCAACCUCCAGCUCCUGGACUUAGGUAAUUCUCUUGCCUCAGCCUCCUAAGUAGCUGGGACUACAGGUGCCCACCACAAUGCCUGGCUGUUUUUUUGUUGCAGUUUGGCUGGGGCCGGGUUCAAACCUACCACCCUCAGUAUAUGGGGCUGGCGCCCUACUCACUGAGCCACAGGCUCUACCUGGUUUAAGUUUUUAAAAGUAUUCCCUAAGACUGUUGAUACCAGGCCACUUAGAUAAAAUUAAGGCCGAUGAUACCCCUAACUUAAAUUACUAAGGAUUUUUCUUUUUGUGUUUAUAUUUUAAAAUAUAUAGCUGGUCUUUGACCAUGUUUCCUGGCUUAUGGGUUCUAAAAUCCUUAGCAUCUCCAAAGUGAUGUCUUUUUUUUUUUUUGAGACUGUCUCACUCAGUAGCCCUGGGGUUGAGUGCCAUGACAUUAGAGCUCACAGCAAUCUCAAACUCUUGGGCUUAAAUGAUCCUCUUGCCUCAGUAGCUGAGACUACAGGUACUCACCACAACUCCCUGCUAUUUUUUUUUUUUAAGAAGGGGUCUCAAGCUUACUCAGGCUGGUCUGGAACUCCUGAGCUCAAGCAAUCCAGCAGUUUUGUCCUCUCAGAGUGCUAGGAUUACCAAAGUUAUGUCUUUUUGUAUGCUAAUAAUUGACUAAUGACAGGCAGCCCCUAGAUAGUUGGGGGCUGGUCACCUGAAAGACCAAGGCAGGAUUGGUGAUCUCUGGGAAGGGAGAGGGGCUGAAGGUUCAGUUGAUCACCGGUGAUUUAAUCAAUCAUGCCUACAUAAUGAAGCUUCCAUAAAACUCCAAAGGACGGGCUUGGCACCUGUGACUCAGCGGCUAAGACGCCAGCCACAUACACUUGAGCUGCUGGGUUCAAAUCCAGCCCGGGCUGGCCAAACAGCAACGAGGGCUGCAACCAAAAAUAGCCGGGCCUGGUGGCAGGUGCCUGUAGUCCCAGCUACUUGGGAGGCAGAGACAGGAGACUCGCUUGAGCCCAGGAGUUGGAGGUUGCUGUGAGCUGUGAUGCCACAGCACUCUACCCUGGGUGACAGCUUGAGGCUCUUGUCUCAAAAAAAACCCCCAAAACUCCAAAAGACACGUUUAGGAGUGCUUCUGUAUAGCUAACCAUGUGGAGCUUGAUGGAGGGCAGUAUAGCUGAGAGAGCAUGAAAGCUUGUCCCCAUCCCCAUACCUUGCCCUGUGCAUCUCUUCAUCUAUAUCUGCUGUAAUGUCCUUGGUUAUAAACUAGUAAAUGUGUUUCCCUGA